UUCUUCUAUUGAAUAGAUUUAAAUUGUUUACACAAUAUUAAAAUAAGGUUAGUUCAUACAUUCUUCAAACAGGUAUCUCAACUUACUGCAACCGCAGCUCGAAGGAACUCUCAGUUAUUGUAAACAGUCAACGAUCAAAAUAACAAGCAAAGCAACAGUCAACAAGCAAAGUAUUAAAUGCGACCCUUGCCACUCCAUGGAUACUAUACAAGCGCAAAAUGAUUUACUACAAGACUGCCUCCGAAAACAGCUAGACGAGUUUCACAUGCUGUCGGCGAUAUUUUGCAAUCCUGGUGAACUGCACGUCGACAACUACAGCUUCAUCGAUAACAUCAAUGACUACGUCGAAAACAAAACCAAGCAAUUAAAUGCCAAGCUAGACUAUCAACUUAAUCUACCACUACUGGAGUCCGAGAAGAUUCAAAUACGCAUCGAACUACCUCAUCUGUAUCCGGGAAUCGAAAUGCCGCUCUUCGUUGUAAGAUCGACAAUGUUUUCCCGUGAUCAGGAACGAACCAUUAGCGAAAAAAUCGAAGCCUACAUUCGUGAAGAAAUACUGGAUUUGAACGAACCCUACAUCUUCCAGGUGGUUUCGUGGAUUCAAGACAACUUCCUGGAUAUCUCAAAAAGCGUUGCUAAACUGAAAGCAAACCCGGACUCACCAGCAAACUCCGGCACAAACCGUGCUGCCCAGGUUACAACCUUCGAAAGGUUAUGGAUCUACUCGCAUCACCUGAAGAGCAAAACGAAACGGCAAACGAUUCUGAAGACCGCCAAAGAUCUGACGCUUACUGGCUUUUCACGACCUGGCAAACCGGCGGUUCUGUGCGUAGAAGGUCGCCAACAGGAUACGCAAGAGUUCUGGCGAACCAUUCGACCGUUGAAAUGGCAGAAGAUUCAAAUCAAACUAGCGGAAACGGAAGCGAUACAGCAGGAAGCGGGCGACACUUUCGACAGCCGGCGACGAUUUGUCGGCUUUCGUGAGGAAAUGUUCACCGAGGUGGAUGAUGAAAACGAUGAAGAAGUGCCUAUGAGUAUGAGUUCGUUUAUGAAGUUUUUGGACAGACACGAUAGUGGCUAUAUUAGGAAGGAAAUUUUCGGGUUUGAGAAAGUUGAUAAUGUAAUAUGAAAUAUACGUCUUUUGUUGAU